GUUCAAUCUUAGCUGAACAAAAAUAUGAGGCAUUCGGUAAAUCGGUCACCAACACCUGAUACACGAGAUGAACAAGAAAAUGAGCCUACACUUAAAGAAAUUAUCAAUAUUAAGUUGAUUGAAAGUGGGGAAAAGGAAAGAUUGAUGGAGCUUUUGAGGGAAAGGCUUGUUGAGUCUGGGUGGAAGGAUGAAAUGAAAGCUCUUUGUAGGGAGUAUAUAAAGAAGAAAGGACGGAACAAUAUAACCAUUGACGACCUUGUACAUGUGAUUACCCCAAAAGGCAGAGCUUCAAUUCCUGAUCCGAUCAAAGCUGAGCUGCUUCAGAGAAUUCGUACAUUUCUUGUUUCUCCCACUCUCUGAUUCAACAGCUUCAUGCAUGAAGAGGGUAGCAAUAUAGGUGAAGAUGUGGCAUUCUGUUUGACUCAUUUCAUCUUGGAACAUCGUUUGUCUAGAUUAUGACCACAAUGAGGGAACCAGGAGCCAUAUGAGAAGAUGUGUUAUUGGCAGUUUGCUUGUUCCAAGUUUCGUAGAACUGUAUAAAUUGCUACUUGGUGGUUUACUCUAUGUUGAUGGCCCAGGUUCAGAGUUUGACCACUGCAUCACCCUCACCUUUUAGUGGCUAUAUUAUCUGUUUUCUGGUUAUCCCUAGUCUUUAAGAAAGUGUAGUUUUUAUUGAAAUGCCUGCACAGCGGAAUCCCCACUCUUCUUUUGUGUGUACUUUAUUAAUGUGUUGAUGGGAUUAGUAAAAGCCAGUUGGAUGUGUGUUCUCUCUA